UUCAUUGAAUCCAACAUGGCGGCAGCAGGAAUGACAAUGCAAUCUUCUUCUUUAACUCCAGAAUGGAUGUCAGCCAAACAUUUAACUGGGACGACGGUUAUGGCGGUKGAAUACGACGGAGGGGUUGUCAUUGGAGCUGACUCACGAACGACUACCGGSGCUUACAUUGCAAACAGAGUGACAGACAAACUCACACCAAUAACUGAGAAUAUAUUCUGCUGUCGUUCUGGUUCUGCCGCAGAUACACAAGCUAUUGCGGAUAUCAUYAAAUAUCACUUAAACUUCUAUAACAUUGAAAUAGGUGCACAAGUAGAGGUCAAAACAGCAGCCAGUCUGUUCAGGGAGAUGUGUUAUGGCUACAGAGAUCAAGUCAGUGCUGGUAUCAUCUGUGCUGGAUGGGAUAAACGAAAUGGUGGYCAGGUUUAUUCCAUACCCCUUGGUGGUAUGUGUGUCAGGCAGCCCUUUACAAUAGGAGGUUCUGGAAGUACAUAUAUCUAUGGCCAUUGUGAUGCUUCUUACAAAAAGGGAAUGACCAAAGAAGAGUGCUUUAAGUUUGUUUCAAAUGCUGUUGCCUUGGCAAUGUCACGUGAUGGUUCAUCAGGAGGCAUAAUACGCAUGGCAGCAAUCGAUGCAUCAGGUGUUGAAAGGCGUGUCAUCCUAGGCAACGAAUUGCCGACAUUCUACGAAGGAUAACWAUCUCUACUGAAUAUUUAUGUAUUAAUGUACAUUGUUCUGUCGUAAAUCUCUAUGUAGUUUAAAAUUAAUUGAAUUUAAAAACAAUUAAAGUUGUUUUUGUAUUGUA